AUGCCACCCAUUACAUACAUUACACGCUCAGAGACAUUCUCUGCUGCUCAUAGACUUCAUUCACCUCAACUCACAACAGAAGAAAACCAACUCGUAUAUGGCAAGUGUAAUCAUCCUCAUUUUCAUGGACAUAACUAUAAAGUUGAGAUCACUUUGAAAGGUGAAGUGAAUCCCUUGACUGGCAUGGUUAUGAAUCUUGUUGAUCUAAAAGAAUGUAUAAAGCUGUCUGUGAUGGAUCCUUUAGAUCAUAGAAACUUGGAUUUGGAUGUUGAUUUUUUUAAAAAGAAAGCAAGUACUACCGAGAAUUUAGCCGUGUUUAUCUGGUGGAAUUUUCAGUAUCAUUUCCUAAGAAACGAAACAUGGAGAUCCAGUUCAGCCAGACUAUACAAGGUCAAAGUGUAUGAAACUGAACACAACAUAGUAGAAUAUAUGGGUGAAGGUGAAUUAGAUGAAUCUGAAGGCCAAAUGGAUGUGGCUCUUAUCAAAUUAAUGGGUGUAGAUAUCAAACAGGAUAUGAAUGGAAAGAAUCCUUGGUCCUUAGAAUUAUAG